UCCCUCCCUCCCUCCCUCUCUAAACGCAUUCUCUUGCAUAUUCUCUUCCAUUGCCGCAGGUUUUUAAAUAACUCCCUUUCUCUCUCUCUAAAGAGCCUCGAUAGCAAUGGUUGCAGGCGCAGAAGCUCAGCUGCAGCACGGGUCUCGUAUAUGCGUAAAAAAUUUGCCUAAAUAUGUGACUGAGGAUCGGCUUCGAGAGUUCUUUUCUCAGAAAGGGGAGAUCACAGAUGCCAAAUUAAUGCGUACCAAAGAUGGUAAAAGCCGGCAAUUUGCUUUCAUUGGUUUUCGCACUGAGGAAGAAGCAAAAGAAGCAAUAAAAUACUUCCACAAUUCAUAUUUGGACACCAGCAGAAUAACAUGUGAGGUUGCUCGUAAAAUUGGUGAUCCUGAUAUUCCACGGCCAUGGAGUCAACAUUCUGCUAACAAAAAAGGCUCAAAUGCCGGAGACAAUGGCAAAAAUUCAAGCAGUAAGAGUUCAGAAGGCAAACAUGAAAAGAUUAAAUCUGCUAAACACAGUGAAGAGAACAGAGACCAGGAUCCUCAGCUUCAAGAAUUUCUUGAAGUUAUGCAGCCACGGAGCAAGUCAAAACUAUGGGCAAAUGAUACCAUCAUAUCUGAUGAACAUCAUACAUCUAAUAGAAAAGAAAUUCAUCCAAGUAAGGGAAAGAGUAAGGAAACGAAUAAAAUGGAGGAUGAGGUUGGAGCUGAAAUAAUUGAUGGAGAGAAAUUACCAAAUGAGGGGAGUUUAUCAAGGUCUUUGCCAAGAGAGUCUAAUGAUGUGGCUGGAAACCCUGCUGUCUCUGACAUGGAUUAUUUCAAAAGUAGAGUGAGAAAGGAUUGGUCUGAUUCUGAAGCAGAUGAGAGAGAGAGUUCAGAUAAAUGUCCUAGUGAUAAUGAAGAUACUGGGAUUGAUAGUGAGCUUUACGAGGGUGAGAAUCUCUCUUCCAAAGCUGGGGAAUUGCAUGAGAAAACUGGGGAGGACAACCUCCCUGAAGUUCCAGAUGGCGAGGUUUUUGAAGAUGGUGACAACCCAUCAUCUUCUCUGAUUUCAGAUGAACAAGCACAGGUCCUUGAGACUGGGCGUCUCUUUGUACGCAAUCUUCCAUACACUGCAACGGAAGAUGAACUAGCUGAGCUCUUCAAGAAGUAUGGUGACAUCUCACAAGUCCAUCUUGUGGUUGAUAAGGAUACUAGACGCUCAAAAGGAUUUGGUUAUGUGCUUUAUACACUCCCAGAAUCUGCAGUGAGGGCCCUAAAAGAACUGGACAAAUCAAUUUUCCAGGGAAGACUAUUACAUGUUCUACCAGCAAAGCAACAGAAUGCCCCUGAGAAACCUCAGCAUGAUCUUCCCAUGAUCCAGGGUUCAAACAAAUUUAAACAGAAAAGGGAAGAGCAGAGAAAAGCUUCUGAAGGUAGUGGAGACACAAGGGCAUGGAAUGCUUUGUUCAUGCACUCAGAUACUGUUGCUGAAAAUAUUGCGAGGAAGUAUGGGGUCAGCAAAAGUGAGCUGCUCAAUCCAGAAGCUGAUGAUCUUGCAGUCCGUUUGGCCUUAGGAGAAACCCAAGUAAUUGCAGAGACAAAGAAAGCUUUCACAAGUGCAGGGGUCAAUAUAACUGUUCUAGAGGAAUUGGCUUCUGGAAGGGUUGAAAAUGUGAAAAGAAGCAACCAUGUCCUCCUGGUCAAGAACUUGCCAUAUGGUUCAUCUGAAGCAGAUCUUACAAAAAUGUUCAGUAAAUUUGGAAGUUUGGAUAAAAUCAUCCUUCCACCAACAAAAGCUAUGGCAUUGGUUAGCUACCUUGAAGCUGCUGAAGCUCGUGCAGCUUUUAAAGGCUUGGCAUAUAAGCGAUACAAAGAUCUUCCAUUGUAUUUGGAAUGGGCCCCAGACAACAUUUUCAGGUCGAUUUCUUCAUUGGAUACCAAGCCACAACAUGAUGCUAUUGCUGGUACAAAAGAUGCUACGACAGUGGUGUUGGAGCAGUCAGCGAUAGAAAGUGAUGAGGAUGUGGAUCCCGAUAGGGUUGAGUCUAGAUCGGUAUUUGUUAAGAAUCUGAAUUUCAAGACCACUGAGGAGUCUUUACGACGGCAUUUUCUUGAAAAUCUCAAGGGAGGAAGCAUCAGAAGUAUAAAGGUCAAGAAGCACGUGAAGAAUGGGAAGAAUCUUUCCAUGGGAUUUGGUUUCAUUGAAUUCGAUUCUGUGGAGACAGCAAGAAAUACUUGCAAGCAAUUACAGGGAACUGUUCUGGAAGGGCAUGCUCUCAUUUUGCAGCUUUGUCACUCCAAGAAGAAUGCAAGUGAUGAGAUUGUGCGAAAUAAGGUGGAAAAGGAAAAGAGCUCAACAAAGCUAAUUGUGAGAAAUGUAGCAUUUGAGGCUACAAAGAAAGAUUUGAAGCAGCUCUUUAGUGCAUUCGGGCAGAUAAAGAGCUUAAGGCUUCCAAAGAAGUUUGAUGGGAAUCACAGGGGCUUUGCAUUUGUUGAGUUUGUAACAAAACAAGAAGCACAGAAUGCAUUUGAUGCCCUCUCAAGUUCUCAUCUCUACGGUCGCCAUCUGGUUCUGGAGCGAGCAAAGGAGGGAGAGACCUUGGAAGAGCUCCGGGCUCGAACUGCUUCUCAUUUUGUGGAUGAGCAAAGCGGUUUUCAAAACCCUUCAAAACUAUCAAAGAAAAGGAAACGCUUCUCAGUUGUUGACGAAGGGUCCGUAAAAUUUGAGAGAAUUACAGGGUAGUACGCCUACAAAUAGUUUUGUAGUUCAGUCAUUUUGGUUUCUAAUUUUUAUUUGUUUUUUUUUACAUAAAUUAUGUUUUAAAAUUUUCCAUCCCUGCUUUAGACUUUAGCCUGAUAAUCAUUGUCAAAGUUUUUUCCCAAUUAAUUGGGGUCGGCAACUUCUAUGCUGAUGUGUUCAUAAAAAGUGAAAAUGCAUCGAGUUGUUUCCAUAACUUUGUACAGUUUGAGCGGUUGCAAGAUUGGGAUCUUUUGAAA